AUGGUUCUAGGUGUGUUUCUGGGGCUUGUUCUCUCAUGUCUGCUUCUCCUUUCACUAUGGAGGCAGAGCUCUCAGAGAAGAAAGCUUCCUCCUGGACCCACUCCUCUCCCAAUCAUUGGAAAUAUUCUUCAGGUAGAUCUUAAGAACAUCAGCCAGUCACUAAGGGAUCUUUCAAAGGUCUAUGGCCCUGUGUUCACCUUGUACUUGGGCAGGAAGCCUGCUGUGGUGUUACAUGGGUAUGAGGCAGUGAAGGAAGCUCUGAUUGAUCAUGGGGAGGAGUUUGCUGGAAGAGGAAGCUUCCCAGUGGUUGAAAGAUUUAAGAAAGGCCUUGGAAUUGUUUUUAGCAAUGGAAGGAACUGGAAAGAGACACGGCGCUUCUCACUCAUGACUCUGAGGAACUUUGGGAUGGGGAAAAGAAGCAUUGAGGACCGUGUUCAAGAGGAAGCUCGCUGUCUUGUGGAGGAACUGAGGAAAACCAAUGGCUCACCCUGUGAUCCCACCUUCAUCCUGGGCUGUGCUCCCUGCAAUGUCAUCUGCUCCAUUGUUUUCCAGAAUCGUUUUGAUUAUAAAGAUCAGGAUUUUCUUAACUUGAUGAACAAUUUAAAUGAAAAUGUCAAGAUUAUGAGUUCCCCUUGGAUGCAGGUUUGCAAUAAUUUUCCUGUUAUCAUUGAUCAUCUACCAGGGAGCCAUACUAAAUUACUUAAAAAUCUCACUUCCUUAAAACGUUAUUGUUUGGAAAAAGUAAAAGAACACCAAGAAUCACUGGAUGUUAAUAAUCCUCGGGACUUUAUUGAUUGUUUCCUGAUCAAAAUGGAGCAGGAAAAACACAACCCGAAGGCCGAGUUUACUUAUGAAAACUUUGCAGUCACCACAUCUGACCUGUUUGCUGCUGGGACAGAGACAACAAGCACAACACUGAGGUACUCUCUGCUGCUCCUGCUCAAGCACCCAGAAGUCACAGCCAAAGUCCAGGAAGAGAUUGACCAUGUGAUUGGUAGACACAGAAGCCCCUGCAUGCAGGACAGGAGUCACAUGCCCUACACAGAUGCUGUGUUGCAUGAGAUUCAGAGGUACAUUGACCUCCUUCCCACCAGUCUGCCCCAUGCAGUGACCUGUGACAUUAAAUUCAGAAACUAUCUCAUUCCCAAGGGUACUACUGUAAUAACAUCACUGACAUCUGUGCUACAUGAUGACAAAGAAUUCCCCAACCCAAAGAGGUUUGAUCCUGGACACUUUCUGGAUGAGAACGGCAAGUUUAAGAAAAGUGACUACUCUAUUCCUUUCUCAACAGGAAAACGAAUUUGUGUAGGAGAAGGCCUGGCCCGAAUGGAGUUGUUUUUAUUCCUGACCACCAUUUUGCAGAACUUUAAUCUGAAAUCUCCAGUUGACCUAAAAGACCUUGAUACUACUGCAGUUGCCAAUGGAUUUGUUUCUGUGCCACCUGAGUUCCGGAUCUGCUUCAUCCCAGUCUGA